CUCAUCUAUUUUGUGACAAGUACUGAGUCGGGAGUUAAAAACCCUGUACGAACGUCGUGUAUCGCUCUCUCCCAACCUCCUGCACUCAUCCCUCACCUAUUUUUCCCAUAACACUUCACCCUCGCAGCUCGGAAGAUGAACCUGAAACAAAAAUCGAGGCAGAGAGCAGCAUGAUGAAUUCGGAAUUCUGAAUUCGAAGUUAUAGAAAUGCCCUUGAGAUUUGAUAGUCAAAGAAAGACUAUGCUGUGAUGAAGUUUGAUGCUACCAUGGUGCAUUUGUUAUGAGCAAUGUGUUAAGUUUUAGUUGAGUGUGUUAAUUAUUGAGCUCUAUAUCUUCAUUUUUGUGCCAAUAUGGAAAAUCGAGAGGCAAAUGGAUCAUGCUUUUGGUUGGAGGAGCCUAAUUAUCAUGAGCAAACACCAAUCCCCAUAAAGCAUAAAAGAAAAGUAAAGGCAAAAACAGAGUUUGUUGGAUGGGGUUCCAAAUCUUUAAUUGAGUUUCUCCAAUCAAUUGGCAAAGACACUGAUGAACAGCUCUCUGAGAGAGAUGUGAAUGCCAUUAUAAUUGAAUAUGUGCACACAUUAAAUCUUUUCCACCAAACAAAAAAGAAAAAAGUUGUAUGUGAUGAAAGGCUUCGAUCUCUUUUUGGAAAGAAAUCAAUACCUCGAAUCAAAAUCCAAGAUUUGCUAAAAUCCCAUUUUGCUGAUAAUCAUCAAUCCUCUGAAGAUGAUUAUUUGUAUAGUUCAGAUGAAUAUGAAGAUUCCAAUAUAACAUACAAGAAACAGAAGGUGUCAGAUUCAGAGAAGAAACCUCAAGCUUCCUCUCAAAAGAAAAAAACACCCAUGAGCUCUUUUGCAGCUAUUAUCCCCGAAAACAUAAAGCUUUUAUAUUUAAAAAAGAGUUUAAUUCAAGAGCUCAUUAAACACCCCGAGAGUUUUGAAGAAAAACUAUUGGGUAGUUACAUAAGGAUAAAAUGUGACCCAAAUGAUUACUCUCAAAAAAACUCCCAUCAACUUCUUCCCAUUACAGGGGUAAAAUUGGUAACUGGAAAUACUGAUGAACAACAAGACAUUCUCCUUCAAGUUCCAAACAUGGUGAAAGACAUAACUAUAAACAUGUUGUCUGAUCAUGACUUUUCUAAGGAAGAAUGUGAUGAUUUAUGUCAAAAAGUUAAGGAUGGGUUGCUAAAGAGACCCACUGUUGUGGAAGUUGAGAAGAAGGCACAUCUUUUGCAUGAGGAUAUAAUAAAACAUUGGCUUCCUAGAGAACUAAGCUAUUUACAAAACCUCAUAGAUCGUGCAAAUGAGAAGGGGUGGCGUAGGGAAUAUCCUUUUUUUAUGAUGUGCAAAAAUAUACUUGGGAAACCUUUACUUGCUUCAGCUCUUACAUUGUAUGAGUAUUUAGAAAGAAGGAAUCUGCUUCAAAAACCUUCUGAACGGUCAAAGUUGUUGACCGAGGUCCCAAAGGUGACUCCAGAUGUACUAGAUCCACAAGAUAUACAAGACUUAUGUAGUCCAGAUGCUGCAGACGCAGAACAAGUGGUGGAUCUUGUUGAAGCUAAUGAAGGCAAUCAACAGCCAGUGGAGAACGGGGGUAUUAAAGUAAUUUCACAUGUAAAUUCAGGAGAAAAAGUAACCACAGGAGGUUUCGAGUGGGUUGAAUCCGUGAAGAUUUGUGACAUCAAAAGUCCAAGUGACACAUUGGUGGAAUCAAACAACAAUGUGACAAAUGUGAUUGAGCUAAGUGAUGAUGAAGAUGAUGAUAAUAAUAAUAUUAAGACACAAGGAAAUAUAAUAAAAGAGGAAAAUGUGUGUGAUGUAUCUCUUCAACAAUGGUUUUAUUUGGAUCCACAAGGAAAAAUCCAAGGCCCUGUUUCAAGAAUCGAGUUGAAAUGCUGGAGUGAUGCGGGCUACUUCCAGCCUGAUUUUAAGGUGUGGAAAGACGGUCAGGUGCCCGAGAGUGCUGUCUUGUUGACCGAAAUGCUUUCGGGCAGUUUUUAGUAAUUGAGUUCGGGCAGUUGUAGUGAUUGAUAGGAAUGGUUUUGUAUUUAGAGAUUGUACUUAAUACCUGAGGGUACAUUGCCAUUUUGUCAUCUUUUUGUGGGUGAGUUUUUUAUUUUUUUUUAUUUUUAGGUUUAAAAUGUUUUAUCAUUUUUAAUCAUAGUUUGCUCUAAUUAUCAUCUCUAA